CUUCAAAAAAAUUGCACUUUUUUUUAUGUGUACAUCAAAAAAUUCGUGACACUUGCGGCAAAUCCCCGUGUGAAGUUGAGUUGCGUACGUCAUGCGCUAAACGAACACUGAAUCCGUUUUUUUCUCUUAUUGGAAAUUCUCUAAAAAUUUUAAAAUCUGUAUGUUCCACCUGAACCGUUAAUUGUGUUUGAAAUGGCCCAGCAGGAAAAAGUGAAGGAGUUCUACGCCACCGAUCUGGUCUACCGGUUCGAUAAGUGCAAAAAGAUCAUUUUGGGUUCUGUGGUAGACUCUUACGAGGGCUCCUCUGAGGACGUUGACGACAUGUAUGCCCUACGUAAGGGCCAAAUUAGGGUGUCAUGGAGCAACAGUUCAAGGGAACAAACCUGGCGUGAGAGUAAGGUUCGCCUAAUGAAUAGGAGCAUUAGUCCAGGAUCUAUUGUCAGACGAUUAGAAAAAGGCAAAGAAACCCAAAGGGGCUACUGCAAGGUCAAUAAGCAGAUUGUCACUGUUCAAAUUAUCGGAACCGAUAAGGUUAUAGAACAUGUGGACAGCGAGAGGCUUCAAAAUGUUAGACCUUUUAAUAUUGAUGAUGCAGUUUGUAUGGGAAAUAAAUAUGGAAGAAUUGAGCAUAUAGAUCAAAUGAUCCAAAUGCAGUCAAUAGACGGCUCCAUUGUUGAGGUUCUUACCAGCAUAAACACCGAAGUGGAAGACUAUUGGCUGUCGAAACGUAAUCGACAGCCCCUAGACAUAUAUUAUCCUGGUCAAGAAGUGAUCUGUAUACCGGCUAACUUGGAACAACCCAACUGGAUCAACAAAACGAAAGCGAUGAAACGUAACAUGCACCAACGUCUAUGGUGCAGAUUCACGGUUCAGAAAGUUACCGAUAUGGUGUUGGAAGUCGCUUUUUAUGGUAGCAAUGGAUAUUUGCAUUUAUCCGAGAUUAGCGGUGAGGAGCCCAAAAAGUUAAUUCCUCUAGAACAUCUCUCGGAUACUUGUCUGGAACUCUUGGAGCGUAAACUGCUCAAGUUGGGCUCGCACGACGUCUUACUCAAAAAAAAGGACUGGACUAGGAAAAUGUCCUUAAUGUACCGGCCCGAGGUACCUAAAGUUCGACAUAUAGUCAGUAACUCUAAAACGACUUCGAAAGUGCAAAGGCUGGGCAGCUGGUCACUUUUACAGCCCACCACACCCACGGAUGUGGAGCAAAAUGAGGCGCCAAUUUUUCCAAAUAUUCAAGAUCCAGAAGACGAGUGGUGGACGGAAGAGGGCGAAGACUCGGACGUAGAAGCGGACAGCGGAGCGUCGAGUCAAAGCCCCUCGAUCGUGGGCUCAAAAAAGAUGCCGAAAAAGAAACAUUAUCCACCGAAACCGUGCGAACUGAACGCCGGCCACACCCUGCCCGUUGAAAUAAUCUGUAUCGAGUCCAAAGUGACGGUCGUGUGGCAAGACGGUACCGAGGAAAAGGAUAUACCCUCCACUCAGUUGUAUUACUCCGUAUCGCUGGACGAUCAUGAAUUCUUCCCCGGCGAAUGGGUGAUCAGGGAGAAUUCGAAAAAUGAGUUACCAGAUGAGUCCGGACAGUACGGUGUCGUCCAGAAAGUCGAUUAUAUCGAGAGGACGGCCACUAUCAAAUGGUUUAAUUAUUUGGCCAAGGAGAAGAAGCCGCAGUACGUGAACACGGAGGAGUUGAGCGUGUACGAUCUGAAAAAACACGCCAAGUUCGUGUUUAAGCCCAAGAGUAUUGUUAAGGGUAAAGCUGGCCAGGAAGGAAAAAUCGGCUCUGUGGUAGACAGUUGCAUCGAGGGAUAUGUGAUAGUGAAAUGGAUGGGAGGCGCUCAGGAAAAUUGUUGGCCCCAGGACAUCGAACUUAUCCCGGAUAUGGCCGAUUACGAUUACUCCGAUCCUGGAGAUUCUGAGGAGGAUAAAGUGGCUUCAUGGGAAACAGAAAGUAUAGAAUCGUGCGUGGGGAGCGAUUUAACUAACGAAACCGCUCUGCAAACUAUGGCCGCCAGAUUGGACUUUGUCAGGUCCAGAUUAAUGUAUUUGAGGGAUGCUUUUGUUAGUCAAACGUUUCCUGAAACGUUCGGAAUCCUCAAAGACCUCCUGAUAGUAUACGAAAACUCCAGCUACCUGGACAAGCUCUUAGGCACCUCCUACUUCAGCUUAAGAAGUAAACACUUUCAGGUGCUAAUAAUGAAGGCCAAAGAAGAGGCCCAAUCGCAAAACAUCGAGCUGCGCGGCCGUUUGUUCAAUAACGAACUCGGGAUCAGCGUGUCGAAGUUGAAGAACGCCGAGUCCGAGAAUAUGAAGAAAAUGUUGAAGCUGGAGAGUAAAAUUAAGGAGAUCGAGAAGAGUAAGGAGGGCGGCGUCGGGGGGGCGCCCUCGACCACCGUCCCCGCCACCCCGGAAACCCCCGAUGGCGGCGAGGCGCCCCUCUUUAAUCAGUCCAAGGGUUUGGACGGUUUGUGUCUCGAGUUGGCCUCGACCUUGAUCAAACGCAUGGAUUUGGCUUAUGCGGAGAUUAUCAGCAGGAUCGGGGGGAAACAGGCGUUAAGUGUUAUGACAAAGACUAUGGAGUCGAGUCCAGCGAACUCCACCCCAAUGCCGAGCUUCCCCGCCACCCCGGACGAUUCGUUUUCGGUUUUGACCCCGUUAAAACUGAAAAAACCGGAAAAAGAAGCGCCGGAACAAACGUUGUUGGAAAUCACCCCGCCCAUAGGUGAAACCGAAUGGUAUAACGCCGUAGAGGAAGCGCCGCAGACGCAUCAUUAUUAUAACACGCAGUUCGAGCCGGAUAACGUACAAAAAUUCCUUAAAGCGGUCAUGAAGGAAUAUAAACUGCUAAGAGACUCUCUGCCCUCGAACGUAUGGGUGAGAUCUUAUAGUGACCGUAUCGACUUAUUGAGCGUGAUGAUUAGAGGGCCAGCGAAAACCCCUUACGAAGACGGACUGUUUUUGUUUGAUAUUCAAUUGAGCGCCGAUUACCCCAGGUCUCCCCCUCUCGUGUAUUACAUAAGUUACAGCUCGGAAAGGCUGAAUCCCAACUUGUACGUCGAGGGAAAAGUGUGCGUGUCCCUUUUGGGCACUUGGAUGGGCAAAGGUACCGAAGUUUGGGGUCCGGAUAGUACCCUUUUGCAAUUAAUCGUGUCCAUCCAGGGACUGAUUCUGGUGGCCGAACCUUAUUACAACGAGGCGGGAUACGAACGUCAAACUGACACCCAACAGGGCUACGAGAAUUCCAGGACCUAUAACGAGUUGGUUAUUCUCAAAUUGGUUCAAAGUAUGACUGAAUUAUUGAAAAAUCCACCGGAAGUGUUCCGUAAAGAGAUCGUCAGUCACUUUAAACAAAACGGAGAGAAAUUGUGUAAUAGACUUGAGAAGUUUUGUUCUGAUCAGGAUCCUAUAAAACCGGGAUUUCCUUUACUCCCGGUAAGCAAAGGCCUAAAGCUAUCCCUAAACGCCGCCCUAAAACAGUUCAGACAAGUACUGGCGAUUAAGACUGUUGUUACGAACGACGUCGACUAAAUCAGUAUUAAUUCGGAAGGCGUCAGGGUCGAAUGUGAUAUUUUUUAUUCUCAUUUUGCUCGAGUUUAUAGUGUUUAUUCGUUUUUAAUAACCGAGAGCAAUAAUAAAAAUCAAUUUCCUGACGCCCGGGUCAUUUUUUUUUAGUUCUCUCUAUCUCACUGUAUUUUAGCGUUAAUCAGUGCUGUAGUUUUUUUUUUCUUUUUGAAUGAACGUUUAAUUUCCAUUAUAGAAAUCAUUAUUUAUUUAUUUAUUAUUUAGUUGUUGGAAAAUCAAGAGUAAUUAGUCUUGUUCCUCUUUGAGCUGUGGUAUGUAACAUUUCGAAAUAUACCUCUUACAUACGUA